CUUCAGCCCCCCGCCGCCCUCGGGCUCCAGCCCCCCAGCCGCCCUCGGGCUCCCUACCGCGCAGUGGGCUCGGGCAGCACUGUCCGCGGCCCCUUUUAUCCCCGCACAGCCUCCGCAGCCGCAGUGACGCAGGCCGGGCCGGGGGCGCGGGGUCACCGCACCCCAGGCUCAUUAGAAGCCGCCAGCGGUAAUGAGGAGCCCGGGUGGGGGCCUGCUGUCGUAGCUGCCAGCAACUAAUUGGGCCCAGGAGCUGGGACCGAGAAAGAGGGAGUGUGGGGCGGGGGUAGAGAGACAGACAGAGAGGUGGACAUAAGGGGUGUGUCAGAGAUAAAAAUAGAGACGGCAGAGGGGAACCAUCAGAGCACAAGUCAGGGACAGAGGGAGGGAGAGCAGAGGGACUGGAGAGGAGGAAGGGACAGGAAAGGAAUAACCUCCAGGCACACGGACCAAGACAGAGACCCCCGAGGGGGAUGAGGGAGAGGGGAAGGUGCCUAGACAGACCAAGACAGAGACACCCCCCAGGAGGGGGGAUGAGGAAGGGGAGGAAGGUGCCCAGGCAGCUGGAGAUGGGACAGUAAGGCUGACACCCCCAAGAGGUGGAAAGGACAGGCUGACCCAACUGAGAGAGCCAGGGGACAGCCAACCAGGGAGGGACAAGGCCCUGACCCUCAAGGAUGGGUGAUGGGUUUUUCUCCUUCCCCGAGGUACAUUGAGGCUUGAAAAUAAGAUGAAAUCCUCCAAACCUGGGGUCUCUAAAAGCUCUGUUCGUCUGUUGUUCUCCCGGACACCACUGAGCAGGUAAGAUACCCCAAGACCCCAAGUGACCCUGUCUCACCCAGGCUACCUCCUCCUGCACCUUCACCAACCACAGAGGCUGCUGGAUCCCUAGCUCUAUCCCCUAUAAAUGGAGCUGAGUGUCCUGUGCCACAGCUCCCUGACACAUCCCAGGCCCUGUCCUCACCAGGCUGUAGAGUCCAUACCUCAGAUCCCUAUAUCUGAAGGAUCUAGAACUCAGAUCCAGACCCCAUGUCACACAGGGCUCAAGCCUCCCACGGCCUUUUUCCUGUCACCAAGCCCCACCCUGAGGCUCCAAAAUUCUUAGCAUCAAAAUCUCCAAGCUCCUAACUUCCAGAGAGAACUCAGGACAUAGACCCUGAGGAGCCCAGAACGCAAAAAUCUCCUUGCCAGGACCUGGGGGGGUCUUCCUCUUCCCUCCCACCCAGGAGUGUGACCCCAGGCCUCCAUGCUCAGCCUCUAGUGCAAAGGCCAGUGCAGUCCUGCCUUCUCAGACACCCUGGGAGAGGAUGGUGACCCUGUGUCCCCUUGACCAUCUGUACCCCCCGAAGGUGAAACCUAACAUUUGUGGGGCCUUGGAGAGGUGUCAUUAUGUCCCAAUAUUUCUGGGACCCCCUCUGGGAAAUCAACUAACCCUCUCAGAAGCCCUGUCUCCUUAGUAACUGUAGUUACCACCCCACAGCCCCACCCCGCGGGCUCCAGGAGUGGCUGAUGGGUUCUGCUCCAGUCCCUGGACAGACCUGGUAACCAGGAGCAUGGCCUCUGGGAGUGGGCAUGGCUUGUGGUGCCUUGUCCUUAACACUUUCCUACCUGCUCCUCCCACAGCCAUCGGCCUCUCUGAGCACCAUGCUGCCCUUCAGCCCCAUCCUCUUUCUCCUCCUCUUCACCGGUCUGGGUUCCAAGGCGGUUCCCUCAGCUUCUCCGCCUGUGGGCUCUGACCGCCAGGGUAUGCCCUCUGAGAUGCCAACUAGUGCUCCAGAAAAUUCUACUAGAAACAGUCCUACUCUGGGAUCCCCUGAAAAUGUUUAUCAGGACCCCUCCCAGAUGCCACCCUCCAUUUCCCCUGACACCUCCCCAAGAGACUUUGGUGGACCUCCCAGCCCUGACCUUCCAAACUCCCCAAAGACCCUCACACCCGACCUGCCUACAACCUCAGCAGCAGAACCCCAGGACACUUCACAAACAGAUCCCCCCAAAGUGACCCUCCCAGAACCUUCUGAGACUCCCAAACCGGACCUGACUGGAACUCAGCCAGAACCCACAGAAAUCCCAAAACCUAAUCCCUCCAAAGCUCCACUCCCAGACUCCACACACACCAGCCCCACACUAACUACACAACAAGAGCCCUCAGGGGCCCCCGAAGAUGCCCCUGAAAUUUCACCUGGCAAAGCCCCAGGGACUCCAAACCCUGGCCCCACCCAGCACCUGCUCUCUGAACCCCUAGAAACCAAUGAACCUGACACUCCUGACACCCUGACCUCUGUCUCACCCCCAACCACCCAUUCUGACCUCAAUGAAACCCCCCAGCCAGGGUCUGUUGUCACCCACAAUCCCAAUCCCACUGACAUCCCCCAAGGACAGUUCCCCACAACGCACCACCAGAAUGCAACAGUGAUGGCCGUGACCUCUGACCUGGUCACUAACAUUCCCAUCGAACUGCCAACACCCUUCUCUGGGGAAGCCACUGCCCCUUAUGAGCCAGACCUGAGUCUGGGCCCAGAAGCCCCUGCUGCCACCGAAGCUGCCACCACUGACCUGCCCCCCUCAGAUUCCCCAGGGGCCAGAGAGCUGAAGAUCCCCCAGAACUCAAACCCCAAAGGGCCAGAUACUCCUCCCUCAGCACGGAUUGCAGGGCCCCCUGCUCCUCCAGAGCUCCCCAGUCAAGGAGCCCCUGCCGUGCCCCAUGCCCCUCAGAGACACAGCCGAGGUGAGACAGUCAACACUAUCAUCCUGGUGGAGCAAGUGAAGGAGACUGGUGUGACUCUCGUUAGCCGCCCCCGAGGCUCCACUAGCGGGGCCUUGUGCCUGUUCUUUGCGGGGACUGGGCUGCUGAUCGGCAUCUUCCUCCUGCUCUGGUGUCUCUACCGCCGGGCCUCAAGACACAGGUCCUUUGCACACCACCGGCUCACAGACAGUGGAGAUGAGCCAGCCUUGCACCUGGACACCCCAAAGGACCCCUUCAACCUCUACUUCUAUGCGCCAGAUGCCUGGGUGCCUUCACACAUCGCCACCAAGCAGCCACCCACACCCCCCCUGCCACCCAAGCUGCCCCCACCGCCCCGCGGGGGGCGACCCCAGCGCCUGGAGGCUCUGUCCCCUGCCACACUGCCCAACAACUUCGUGUGAACCCUUCAGGGACCCAUGAGUCCUGCCCCCAGCACUGCUCAGAGAAGCUCUGGAGAGCCCAGCACAGCAUCCGCACCCCCAUUCAGAGGAGCCUAAUAAACCACUGUGG